CACGGCGACGGCUGGAAGAUCGAAGAGAAGAUGCUGGCCGUCUUCGCCAAAUGCCUGCCUGCCCUGGCCCACCUGCAGGCAAUUCACCUCUGGAAGGUCGGCUUGACGGACGAGACCUUCCUGUCGCUGCUCUCUAUCUUGCCAAGCUGUGCCACACUCAAGACGCUGGCCUUGGAAGGCAACCCGCUGCCCAUGCGCUCGUUCUACAAGCUGAUUUCUGAGGAGACCAACUUGGCCCACCUCUCCCUGCGGAACAACAACAUCGACGACGAGGCAGUUCUGCUGAUGGGCCAGGCGCUCUCCUCCCUCCGCGGCUCCAACAAGAACCUGGUCUCCAUCAACCUCAGCUACAACCACAUCACUGACGUGGGAGCCACCCAUAUCGCCAACGGCCUGCGGCUCAACCGCUCCUUGCUCUCCUUGUCGCUGGCACACAACCAGAUCGGGGACGAGGGAGCCACAAGGCUGGCGGAGGUCCUCGGCCCGUUUGCCCUCACCCACACUGAGGUCGUCGAGAGGCGGCGGCUGCUGCUGGAGAAGGAGUGCCAGGAGCGCUGCCGCUUGCCUCAGAGGCACUCGGAGACCAAGAGCGAGCGCCCCACCAGCCACCUCAGCAACACGGCCAUAGACAAGCUGCAGGCAGCCAAGACCACCAAGGCCACGAACAAGAAGAAGGAGCCCGCAAAGAAGGAGGAGAAGGGCCAGGUGAGCGGCGCAGCAGUGGUGCAGGCAGCGGCCGCGGCCCAGGCCAAGAAGGACGAUGCCAAGCAAGCCAAGAAAGCGGUUCCGGCUGCCGACCAGAAGGCAGUUCGUGGCAAAGGGACCAAGUCUGGCAACAAAGACAAGCGGACGCAGGUGCUGGAGGUCGAGGUGACGGAGCCGACCGAGAUGGUGAACCCACUCCUAGAACCGGCGGAGUACCGCGACGGGAAGGUCUUUCUCCCAGGCAACCGCGUUCUCAUUUAUCUCAACCUCAUGCGAAACCGGAUCACAGAGACCGGCCUGAAGGCCUUCCUGGCGACCGUGGAGCAGCAGGCCAGCCGGGUGACUUCCGGAGGCAGGGGGCCAGUGGGGCUUCUGCGGCUGUCCCUGGGGAAAAACAGCUGCCCUGCAGACAGCAAGACCCUUGCCAGGAUCCAGGAGCUGAUGAUGCUGCGGGACCCUCUUCCCAAGACGGGGGCCGCGACCAGGGCGCCGGAGGAAGAGCUCGCGGCGGCCCUUUAGGGCACCC